AUGCCGCGCGUUACCAACGCAACAAUGGCGGCUUCCUCUGCCAGUGUGGAGGGUGUAAUAGGACCACUAAGCAGCUGUUUAACUAAACUAGGGUUUGAAGUGCACCCCCUAAAGGUAGGCUGGUAUAACUCAGUGUUGCCUCCUUCCUUUCACCUGCCUUACCCAGAUGAUGCCUUGGCCGUGGUGGUGCUCAGCACUCCUGCUAUGUUUGAACAAGCCUUCCUGCCCUUCUUGGAGCGCAGCAGCAUCCACAAGCCAUCCGACCCGGUGGACCAGUGUGUCCGGCACUGUGUCUCCACCGCAGUCUCACAGAGUUUUCCAGAACUGAAGGUGGAUGUGAGGUACGACUACGAGCUGCUGCCAAGCAGGAAGCCAAAGUUCUUGGCUCAGACUGCUGCGCACGUGUCUGGAGCGGCGUUCUACUACCAGCAGUCUGACGUCACAGACCAGCCCUGGGCCGCAAGAAAGAUGUUUGGAGUUUGCAUCCAUCCGAGCUUCGGCGGCUGGUUUGCCAUCCGGGCCCUGCUGGUGUUUGAGGAUGUGACGGUGGGCUCUGAGCUGGUGCAGCCCGAUCCUCCGGACUGCGUUGCUUCCAGAGAAGACAGAAUCAAGCUGCUGGAGGCCUUUAACUUCCACUGGCAGGACUGGACAUACCGAGACAUAGUCCCUGUGGGACAGACCUACUCAGAGAGACAGAAGGAGUACUUCUCCACUCCCCCGGCUCAGCGCCUCGCCCUUCUCAGGAGUUGGGGUCUUUUGCCAAAAGAAGAGGCCCAACCUGAUCUCAGCCCAUGUGAGCAGAACCAGGCCAACGGACACGGCUGACGCCUCGCCCUCCUGAGUCCUGAACCCUCUGCUGCUUUCAUUUGGUUUCAUUCAACCCCAGCUGAGUUUGAAGCUGCUGUUGCAUGUUUAUUUUUUGUUGUUGUUUUUUUUAUUUUAAACUCCUCCGUUUCCGUUAAAAGUCAUUUGAAGCUGGAGGAGGACAUCUUUGUGGGAAUCAUUGUAUCAUGGAUGUUUAUGAAUUAAAUGUGCUCAGGUAUUAGAAGACGUUGUAUCUGGUCGACGCACUGUGCUGAAUUUACCAGAGGCCGAUUGAUGAAUGCAUCUGGUUUGUGCAUCCAAUCGAAAACCUCUGCAGUUUGAUUAUUGUAUUGAUAACUGAAAGUUUAACUUAUAGAUAACUUGUCAAUGGUUCAGUGAAUAACAGCUUUUUUUCCUGCAGUUGCAGAAGAUGGGUUAUUAACUGGACACACAGUUGCAAAUUUAUGUGCUGCAAUGUCCCAGUCAAAGUCCACAACUCAACCGAAUUGAAAUGCUGUGACUAGACUUUGAGCAAGCUGUGCAGAAAAUAAAAUCUCUUUACUUCCAUGGAUAGAAACUAUUAAAAAAACCUUUUUAUUCAGUAAAUAA